AUGAAAAAGAAACACAUUCAUAGAAAGAAUUAAUUCUCUGUUCAACCGCUUACAUAAAAUCAAUAAUAGGUAGACUAACUAAUUGAUGAGGUCUUCAAUGAUGGAACCAUAACUGCAAGAAAUAGUCCCGAUUAAACCAGGCCAAUCCAUGAUGAAUUUCAAAGUUUUAUCUAAGAUGAUCAAAACAAUGGAGUCACUUCUAAUGAUUUCGAAUACACUUAAUCAGCUCUAACAAAGAACUAAAGAUUACAAGAUUAUGAUGAUGAAGAAGAAGAAAAUUAGUCACCAACUAAGUUUAGAAAGAUUUCUGAUUUUGUUGAAUACAAGAAAAAAGGUAAACCAUCUAGAAAAUAAACAACCAUUACUGAUAGUAUUAUGAAAUCAGGAAAGACAAACUAUGAUUUUAGUAAAUAAGACAAAGAAACUUAAGGAAUGCUUACCCAAUUUAUGGAAGUCGACUCUCAGUUGAAAUCUUACAAGGAACACGUGUAAAAACUAAAGGAGUUUAAAAAUUCAGAAAAACUUAAAUUUCUUGGAACUCACACAUGGUUUGUCUACUCUGACGUACUAUAUAAUAUAGAAAUUAAGCAGGGUGAAGGAUUUAUAGGAAGUUACAAAGCUGAAGAAAAAAUGAAAAUUUACUCAUCUUUUUAUUCGGAUAAUACACCGAACUUUUUCAAAGAUGAAUCAAACAAUGAUCCUAUACCUGACUUCAAAGUCUAUUAAGAGAAAUCAGUAGUAUCAGAAUGGGGUAAAUACAUUUUUUAGUUAGUACUCUAUACCAUUCCAACUCUUGAAAAAGUAGGAACUCUCAAUUUACCUUUAGAACAAGCCCAUCAAAAAGUAGUUUUUAGAGUACUCAAACACAAUAAAUUUCUUUUACAUGAUAACAAACAAUUCAUUAUUCUAAACAUGGAAAAAAAACCUGAUACUAGGACUAUUCAGCUAGUAAAGUUUAAGAUACAAACUGAUACUGACAAAUAUCCAAUUGAUAAUGUAUAGAAUACGUUCCUGGUGUCUUACAUUGGUAAAAAUGAAUUGAUGUUAUUCGGCUACAAUUACAAAUACCACAUUAAUUUGGUAAAGGAACAUAUUCAAAUGUAGUAAUACAAUAUUCAAACAACCGAACUAAAUUUGAUUCACUGUGGAGAAUUCCUAAUGAUAGUAAGCAACUCAUUCAAGAUAGACAAAGUUUUCGAUAUCGAAAAGAAAGACUUUAUUGACAGCUUUGACGAUAAAGAAGACAUAUCUUAGUUCAUUUGUAACAGUCCAAACACUAUAUGCAAUAAAGGUUUAAUUAUUAACAAGAAAAGUCUAUUUAAAGUUGAAAAGUAAAUGAAAAAAUUAGACAUUGAGCCCUAGUUGCUUGAAAACUUUAACAAUAUACUUCCUUAGACUUUGGUAUAGUAUGACUCUUACAACAAUCAAAUAUACUUCUAUGUUGAUAGGAGUAACGGUGAAGGUAAAGAUCUAUUUAGAGUUCACUUAUGUGAAAGAGAGCACUAAGUUACUCAUCCUAUCAUGGAAGGUAGAUAUGCUACUAGUCCACAAGAUAUUUACUACAACUAUAUCUAAGAUGACUAUCUUAUAUGCUGCUUUAUGAAUGUUGAUGACGAUAGCAGCAAGUACUUGGAGGUGAUUAAAUUCGAUCAAUAGUAUUAGCUAAAAAUGAUUGGAUAUGAACCAUUUGAAAUGAAAUAGAUUGAAAAGAUUUAGAAGAAACUCUCUGAAAUUGAAAUCAAGAAAUGUAGUGUAAAUCUUUCACGAAAACAUUUAUUGGUAAAUUUCACUGGAACUCCAAAGCAGAAUCAGAGUUACCUAAGUUUCAAAGAUACAUUUGUAGAUAAAUACUAUGUUACUAAUUGUGAUUUCAUGCAAUCCGAGAUAGUCGAUAUUCCUGCUGAACAGCUUAAUUUGCAAUACAUACAACUUUAUGAGAAAAGUAUAUUCACCUCUUACAUUAAGCAAUGCGAGAACUACCUAUGGGAUUUUAACAUCCCUGAAAAACCAAAUACUCAAAUCAAUCUAGUUGCUUUUGAUAAGGAUAAGAAACAAUCUUUCUCAUUCAAGAUUUAUGAAAAUGAGCAAGAAAUUAAGAGAGUCCAUCUUUCUGAAUGCUUAUCUCAAAUCAUCAUUAUUGAUAUCAACAACCAAGCCAAAAUUUUCAAUGUAGAAGACAUGUUCAAUGAUCAUGAGCAUAGAAUAAUUGAUGACUUUAUCACUUUAGUAAGAUUUUCUCCAAAGCAAUUCGUGUACAUUCAAAAGGAUGUUAAACUUAAAAGAUAUUUCUUGAAAUUCUGUGAAAUUCAAGAAAAGGCAAUUGUUGAACAUCAAGCUGUGAGUCUUGACCAGUACAUUAAAGACAUUCAGCUUUUUGAAAAAUUAGACAUACUCUAGUACAAGUAAUACGAGAGUUAAUCAUUGGUAGUAAGAGAUAAAUUUUUGAUGAUAGAUCUCUAUGAAUAAUAUUUAAUCUACGAUCUUAGAGGGAAAACCUUUAUGGGUAAGAUUCAAAUUUAAAAUCAGAAAAGGGCUUUUUCAUUGACUUACUAACUUAACUAAUUGACUCUAUCAAUGGACAACCCUAAGAGAAAAGGUAAAAAGAUGUACUAUGUUUUUGAAGGAUUUCUUGAAUCAUAUUUCAGAUUGAAUUACGGAUAGUUUGAUGUCGCUUAUGACUUGGAUGAAUGUCUCAUUAUCUUUAAGGACUUUAGCAACUAGCCAAUAGGCGUUGUCUCAUUCUAGCAAGAUCUUUAACUUUAAAUUGAUUAGAUUGAACUGGUUGAUGUCAAGAAAAGCGAUUCAUUUGCAAUUUAGAAAAUCAAUAAAAUGAGUUUCAGAGAGAUUGCAAACUAUAUUGAUCCAUUCAAUGGUACAUUACUGCAUAUUGUUGCAGGUAAAUCAGACAUCGUAGUUAAUGCUAUAAGAUAGAGGCUAUCUAAUCAGUAAAAUUAGCAUGAUUAUAUGUUAUUUGUCAAUAAUGAGCAAGGUCUUAGUCCUCUUGAUUACUAUGUGAUAAAUGAUGAUUACUAAAAAAUCAACUUUGCCUUAGACUUAAUGGUAAGAUUCUAAAACCACAGCAUGUUUAACUCAAUCAUUGAUAAGAAUCUGAUUUAUCUGAUUUCUAAAAAUUUUGACCUCAAGGAAUAUCUGAAUUCUAAAUUGCCUAUCUGCAGUAUAGAGACCUCUUACUAUCCUUAAUAUUCAAAAGACCCAGCUACUUUCUAUAUAUCUGAAUUUGACCAGACUUCUAGUCUUGCAACGAUAAACUAUUUCUACAAAGAUGAAGUUAAAAAGCAUGUCAAGAAGAAUGAAGAGGGAUCGACUCAUCAAAUCGAAUAUCUCUUACCAAUGAUUCCAAUUUCAUUUGCUGAUGCUUAAUUCAUGUAAGUGUUGGAACAGUCAAAUAACGAAGACUUAUUUGAGUCAGAGCUAAUUCAAAUUGUUCUCAGCUUUAAGUGGGACAAGUAUGCAUUCAAAUUUCACUUGUUAUCAUUCUUGCAGUUCUUCGUCUUCCUCGUAAACUUUAUUGUCGACAUUUACUUCUUGGUUUUGUACGAGGAUGAUAGAAGUUUCUAUCAAUAAUGGGCUCUUAAAGUCAUUGGAGCAGCUUAUAUUUUCUUCCAAAUUCAAUAUGAGAUCAAAACGAUAUUGGUCUAAGGAAUCUUAAGUUAUUUAUCUGAAUAUUGGAAUUAUGUGGAUAUUUUCUUGAUACUAUUGUACGCAGGAUCUGCUACAAUUGAUUUGAUGCAUGUUCAUAUGGGUAUUGAAAGGCUUUUGUAUUCAAUCUGCUUGAUAUUUGUAUUCAUAAAGUUCUUUUCAUAUUUGAGAAUUUUCUAAGGAUUCAGUUUUCUUGUUUAGAUGCUCAGGGCAGUCUUUGUAGAUCUUAAGUUCUUUAUUGCAUUGUAUGGAAUAGUUAUAGUUCUGUAUGGUUUGAUAUUUACGCUUUUGGAGAUAAAGACAGAUGAAGAUAACAUAGAAUAUGAAGGUAUAAGUUAUUUUGGCUAUUACAUAAUGUCAUUUAGAGCAUCUACGGGUGAUUUUUAAGUUGACAACUUCCAUAAUUUAGAUAAAUAUCAUGUAUAAUUCGCAUGGAUAAUUUGGGUUACCUCAGUACUAUUCUUAAAUAUCAUCUUAUUGAACUUCAUUAUUGCCGUUAUUUCCUAAUCUUAUGAAAAGAUUAUGCAAAGAAUGGUUGCUUAAUCUUAUAUGGCAAAGGCAAAACUGAUAUAUGAAUGUGAAUUGCACUAUAGUCGUUACGGCAAAGGUGAUUCUCAUUUCCCUAAAUAUUUUAUCCUGAGAAGAGUUAAGAAUAAUACUAUGAAAGGGGAAGAUGCAGAAUGGUAGGGAUUUGUUAAAGAUAUUAAAAAGUCUAUUGAAAAGGUCAAAGUUUAACUUACAGAGAAAUAAGAUACUUCAACAUAGAAAAUUUACAAGAAACUUGAGGAUUUUAGGAAUCAAAUCUAAGCAAAUAACGAAGAAGGGUACAGAAUAGUCCAUGAAGAUUUAAACAGAUUAAAGUCAGCUUUUAAAAAGUAGGAUAAAUUUAACAAAAAAUUAGAGAGGAAGCUGUUUCCUACUACAGAUGAAGAAGAAGCAUUAAAACUUGAGAAGAAAAAAAAUAAAAAGGCAAAGGCUAAUUUAUGA